AUGGCACAAGAAGCGCCAAAGAUCACCGACAUAGGUGUGCCCCUGGAGCAGGUCUCGGACGUCCGCGAGGUGGGACCAGAGGCGGAGGCCAUCACGCAGGUCAGGAUGGUACGGGCCAACUCGGAGGCGUCGAGCCUGUCGGACAUGGAGAAGAAGUCGAGCUCGACGGUAGAGGUCAAGCACCAGGAGAGCACGAGGUCGAGCACAGACGUCGAGGACAAUGGCAGGGAAAAGGUCUCGGCCAACAUGGAGGUGGUCGCCCUCAAGGCGCUGCACACCGAUGAUGAUCCUACACAAAAUCCAUGGACAUUUCGAGCGUUUUUCCUGGGCCUGGCUCUCGCCGCGUUUGGUUCAAGUCUUGCCACCAUCUUUCACUUUAGGCCACAGUCAAUAGGCAUCAGCAUCACCUUCCUGACGGUGAUAUCCUACGUUUUUGGCAACGCCAUGGCGCGGUACAUACCGUCCAAGGGGCCCAUUGGACGCUUCCUGAACCCGCACGGCUUCAACUCCAAGGAGCACAUGGGCAUAAUCAUCAUGGCCAGCUCCGCGUCCUCGACGGCGCACGCCACCGACGUCCUGGCCGCCCAGAAGCUCUUUUACAACAUCGUGCCGCACCCGGCCGUCGCCAUCAUGCUCCUCUUCUCGUCGCAGCUGCUGGGUUACGGGCUGGCCGGGUACCUGCGGGAGAGCCUCGUCUACCCGACCGCCAUGAUCUGGCCCAGCCAGCUCCCCCUGGCUUCGUUGAUCGAGACGCUGCAUCGGAACCGGACCGAGAUGGCGUCGAGGUGGAAGUUUUUUUGGAUCAUUUUUUGGUCGAUUGCCGUUUAUGAGUUUUUCCCGCAGUACAUUACUCCGGUUCUCACUGGUGUCAGCGUAUUUUGCCUGGCCCAGCAGAAAAACCACAUGUUUACCAACAUCUUUGGUGGAGCGGCUGGCAACGAAGGUCUUGGAGUUGGUGCGCUUUCGUUCGACCUCCAGUACAUUGGCGUUUCUGCCUUUUUCCUGCCCCUCAAGAUGAUCACAAACGCCUUUAUUGGCUACGUUUUGUGCAUCGUUUUAUUCGUCAUUUUGUUUUACAAGAACGUGUGGAGCGCUAUGCAGUUUCCUUUUCUCAGCCAACAGCUCUUUGCUGCAGAGUCCAACUCUACACACUACAGAAUUUAUAACCAGUCUGCAAUUCUGAAUGACAGGUUAGAGCUCGACGAGGAAGCCUUGAAGCAGCAUGGUCUACCUUUUUUUGCUGCAACCCAUGCGUCGGCCCUCCUGACAACCAACCUCGCAACCGGCGCCACCAUCCUGCACAUCAUCCUGUACCACCCCCAGAUCGUCAAAUCCGCCAUGGGCUGGGGGACCCACAGCUGGCGCCGCUACCUCAAAUACCUCAAGAACCCGAAGCAGAUCUUCAAGUACGAGGAAAAGACCUUUUCGCCGACCGAGGACCCGGCGAACCUGGACCCGCACCACCGCACCAUGCUGCAGAACUACAAGGAGGUGCCCAACUGGUGGUACGGCAUCUGCCUGGGCCUCUCGGUCAUCGCCGCCGGUGCUUGCAUCUACCUGGCCGAGUCCACCCUGCCCUGGUACCUCUUCUUCCUCGCCAUCGUCAUCGCGUACCUGUACGUCGUCUUUUUCGGCGCCCUGUCUGGCCUGCUCGGCUUUCACGUGCCCAUCGGUUCGGCGAUACAGCUUCUAGGUGGUUGGCUCAACCCGGGGAAGCCCUUGAGCCUGAUGUUCUUUUCCUUGUUUGCCUUUACGACGAGCGGCCAAGCCCUUUAUUUGGUUAGUCAUUUGAAGUUGGGCCAGUACGGAAAGCUAGCUCCGAGGUGCACGUUCACUUUCCAAAUACUUGGCACUGUUGUUGGCUGCAUCUUGAACUUUGCUUUGAUGAGCUCAAUCACAACGGAGCAAAGAGACAUCCUACUCUCAAUCCAGGGUACCAACAUCUGGAGCGGAACACACGUGCAAUCCUUCAACUCGAAUGCCAUCUCUUUUGGUGCUCUGUCAAAAUUCAUGUUUGUUGGUGGGACCUACGCCAGCGUCGUCUACGCUCUCCCGCUUGGCUUCCUGAUACCUUUGCCAUUGUGGCUGGCCGGCAAGGCCUGGCCCAAAUAUGCCAAGUCGCUGUCCUACAUUGUGACGCCGGUCAUUUGCGCACAUCUAGGCUUCUUGUCUGGAGGUAUCAACUCGAGCGUUUUUAUGCACUUUAUUCUGGCCUUUACGGUUCAGUUUUACGUGCGCAAGAAGUACCCUGCAUGGUUCCUCAAAUACAACUACCUACUCGCUGCUGCACUUUCCGGCGGCCUGGAGCUUACCAUUUUCUUCCUCACUUUUAUCUUUAACGGCGCCGUGAUGAAGCAAAUCCCGAUGCCCAAUUAUGCCCUGAACCCCAAGGGCAAUUUAGACUACUGCAUGAGAGAUCCGGCGUUGGCCGGGGCCAGGGGCGGGCAAUAA